AUGUACGCCAACAACGCCCAACAAGUCAUCAUCCUCUCCCUAAAACCCGGCGACUUGCUGGGUCUCCCGAAUGGAAAUAUGGGCUGUGUCAAGUUUGGUAGUAAAAUCCCAUGGCAGAUCAAAGAGACUUUCGGCGACCAGUCAUAUUACCUCACUGGUGUCUGGCUGCAGCAAACUGGUAUCACUAUUCAAAUUCUCAACCUGGAGACUACUGGCGAGGAAGCGUCCAACAACCCGGACCACGAUGCUCAUUAA